AUGGAGACCAAUGUCAUGGAGACCAAGAUCAUCAUUCAGAGCAGGGAGGGAAUCCAGAACUUGCUGGAAAUGAUAGGACUGGGAAAAAAACCUACCCAGCCAGGAGGCUGUGGAGGCUGUAAAUAUGAUUCACCACACAAGAUUUACAAUCAGGUGAAAUUUGGAACCUGUAACACUCCCAAGCCAAGCUUCUUUGAUUUUGAGGGAAAGCAGAAAUGGGAGGCUUGGAAAGCCCUGGGAGACACCAGCCCUCAUCAAGCUAUGCAGGAGUAUGUCGCUACAGUGAAAAAACUGGACCCCAGCUGGAAUCCACAGACAACAGAGAAGAGGGGAAAGGAAGGCAAAACUGCAUUUGGAGGCCCAGUUGUCAGCUCAUUAUAUCAAGAAGAAACAAUCAGGGAAGAGGACAAGAACAUUUUUGAUUACUGCAGAGAAAACAACGUUGACUAUGUAACCAAAGCCAUUCGAUCAAAAAAAGUGGAUGUGAAUGUCACAGAUGAGGAGGGCCGGGCUCUGCUUCACUGGGCAUGUGACAGAGGACACAAGGAGCUGGUUUCAGUACUGUUGGAACAUGCUGCUGACGUUAACAGCCAGGAUGGGGAAGGCCAGACUGCACUCCAUUAUGCUGCCACCUGUGAGUUUUUGGACAUCGUGGAGCUGUUGUUGAAGUCAGGAGCCGACCCCUCUCUCCGGGACCGGGAGGGCUGCCUGCCGGAGGAGGUGACAGACUGUAAAGCCAUCACUUCGGCUCUGCGGCAGCACACCGCUGGCAAGACCUAAACCGCGGUGAGGCGCGGUGGGG